AUGACGACUACCGUCGCCUCUCGAUCAAUGGAUGAGCUGCAAAGACAUGAUCAUUUCUUUGAUGGGCGUUACGAGAAGUUGUAUACCCUGGGCAGGGGAAACUUUGGCAAGGUUUACAUUGCCCGUGAAUGCAAAACUGGAAAGCAGGUUGCCGUCAAAGUGAUUGACAAGAGCGCAUUUCGGAACGAAGAUCAACGACAGCAUGCCAACAAUGAAAAGGCCAUUUGUGAAGGAUUAUCACUUAAAUUGCGGCACAAGAAUGUUGUGGAUGUGUACGAGGUUCAAUCCGAUCAUGCCAAUAUUUUUGUGGCCAUGGAGUAUGUGGAUGGUGGGGAGCUUUUUGAUAAAAUCAAGCAAAAACGACGGCUGGAAGAGCCAUUAGCACGACGUUGGUUUCGAGAAAUCAUUGAAGCCGUUGCAUACAUCCACCGAAAUGGCAUUGUUCACAGGGACCUCAAGCCUGAAAAUGUGCUAAUUGACAAGUAUCAAACCGUGCGCAUUUGUGAUUUUGGAUUUGGCAAGUUUUGUGAGCGGCAGCAAGUGCUUAAUACAUAUUGUGGCAGCCCAUUUUAUGCAGCACCCGAAAUGGUUACUGCGACGCCAUAUCAGGGACCUCCUGUAGACAUGUGGAGCUGUGGUGUGAUCCUGUAUGCCAUGCUGGCGGGCACUCUCCCUUUUCAGGGCCAGGAUAUGCCUCAGCUUUUUCGACGUAUCAAUAGCGGACAAUACACACUUCCAGAUCACAUUUCAAAAGACGCUGCGAGCUUGAUUGAACGAUUAUUAUGCAAAAACGCCCGACAUCGUAUCACAGCUGAUGAAUGCUUGAAACAUCCUUGGCUAGUACAACACAUCCCUGCAGCAAAAGAAUCGACACCACAGCCAUUGAAGAACACCAGUGCACGAAAAGCAUCGUCAUUAUCAACACAACGACAGCAUCCAUCCUCCUGUUCAUCUUCCUCCUCAACAACUACCACUACUACUACUAAUACCUCCUCACCGUCUGCACCUUGUUACUCCCAUACCACACCUCGUGCAGCUCCCAACAAACGAUCAAAAGCCUCCCGCAUCUUUUCACGCAUGUUUACUCCAACACGAAAAGCCCAAAUUGCCCCUUCAGCAUCGGGUACCGCCGCUGCUGCUCAUGCUGAUGGUUCAAGUUACGCCAAGGAUGAGGAUCAACCUACUACGACAACAACUUCCAAGAAUAAACUUAAACGCAUGGAGGGUAAAGUUGCUAUGCGACUGAAGGGUUUCUUGAAAACAGCCUUCCAACGGCGAAUUGAUAGUUUUUAG